AUGCCACCGCGCCUCAACAAGCGCCAACAGAGGGAACUAGGGGAGCUAGAAGGCCUUGUAUCAUCUUCAAAGACUACAGAGGUGUCAAGCGGCGAGGAUGAUACGCCGAGACAAGGCCGCGGUGGGUUUUCGACGCUUCUUACUCAAGAUGACAAUGACGACAGUGAGAUGGAGGGAGAACAGAGGGUCAAGUCUCGGAAGUCCAAGAAGAAGAAGAAAAAGCCCGUCGAAAUUUCUUCCAAAGAGCCAGAAAAGGUGGCGCCUGUCAAGCCAUCUCGCCCGAGCACCACCGCCCCGCCAGUUAAGAAUGAAAAGAAAGCGCUGAAGAAAGCCAAGGCGAAGGAGAAGAAGGCUGCGAACGAUGAGCUGGAUCAAGCCCUUGCAGAACUUUCGAUCAAAUAUCCCGCUUCACAAAAGAUUUCUCAUGCUUCUGCCGGGCGCCGGUCUCUGGCUGACCUGCUCGUUGUAUCGCUUCAACAUCUCGACAGCGAAGCGGAGUUGAAGAAAAUUUUCGGAGCCCGUGUUGUUCAGGCGAAUAAGAGCAGCUCAGGAUCUACAGGACCUUCUCGAAGGCAAGGUGCUGCUGUGCGAUCGCACCUCACGCGUCCUCAGCCCACUUGGUGGGCCGCUAAACAACGAGAGGGGUUAUCCAUACGGAUUCUUUCAGAGGAGGAGGUCGCGGCUAAGGUAAAACGUAAUGGAUGGGCACCAAUUGAAGAGACUUGGUGGGCGGUAGAAUAUAGCAAAAAGUAUAAAAGUAUGACCAAGGCAUUCAUGCAAACGGUUCUCUCUGGAGACCCGCAAGGAUUUUGGGAUCUACUGGGAAAAUCGCCCUGGCAUGCCGACACUCUACUUCAGGUGUCAGAAGUAUAUCGUCACCGAGAUGAGCACGCCCAAGCGUUCGAUUUUGUAGACCGGGCUCUUUUCACCUACGAGCGAUCAUUCAUUGGCGCUUUCAAUUUCACCACUGGUCUCAACCGGCUAGACUUUGAUCACGUUGAAAAUCGUCCAUUUUUCUUGGCGGUUCAUAGACAAAUCGCGGAUCUUCAACGCAGAGGCUGUGUACGGACCUCAUUCGAAUUUGCGCGGCUUUUAUUUUCGCUGGAUCCAUGGACUGAUCCCCAUGGAUCUCUGUUGCAUCUUGACUUUCUUGCCAUCAAAUCUGGGAUGUAUCAAUGGCUCAUCGACGUCUUCGACGUAUUUGCUGAUAGGCGGAAAGAGCGUUCGGGCGAGAUUGGUGGUCGCAUGGAUCCAAGCCUCUUGCCUGGAUGGUCAUACGCAAGGGCUUUAGCAUUGCGGUCUGAAGAGGUUGCGAAGAAGUCUAAGGAUCACCAACCCAGCACUGAUGCCUUGAAAGAAGCAAUCAAGGACUUCCCCUCAAUCGUUCCGCUCCUUGCUGAUAAAAUUGAUGGUUCACUUUCUGCCUCGAUCAGAGCGCACCCUGAUUCCAGAAUACAGACUGACUCCAAUUCGCUCUCAGACCCUGUGGCUAUACUACACCUUCUUUCUCACCUCUACGUUCAACGCUCCGGCGCAGCCUGGAAGGAGCACACCGCCUGGUUCAUAGAAACCGUUUCUGACAGCUUCUCUGCUCUUCCGUCAUCUUUGCCUGUCACAGAAAGGCGGAAAGACUUUUUAUCCCUCUAUCAAAACGAAAAUCUUCGCUUCUCCGUGUAUCGACACAUUGUAGUCCUCGAACCUACUAACCGGCGUCUGUUUGCUUUCAUCCCGCGACAGGUCCAAGAAGUUAAAUCUUUGUCGUGCGAUCCCCUACCGCCACCAACUGCGACAACUCGGUACGACGAACGGUUCUUCGACGGAGUUGAUGAUCUGUUUUCGUUGAGGAUGAGAACGCGUAGGGAGCGUGCUCUUGAUGAGCGGAGGCUUGCGCAGAUGAUCCCCGACGCGGCUGCCAGACAACAACUUGAGGCUUUAUUCAAUGCGAAUCCAAAUUUUGCAGAGCGCUUUCCUGGCGGUAUACUUCAAUUUGUUCAAGCGAUAGGGCAACUCCCGGAAGACGUUGUAGAGGAUAUGAUGAUGAUGGAGAUGAUGGGUGGCGGGGAUGCCCAGAAUGCGGGUGUUAUGCCGGGUGGUUUGGAUAUUCUCGACCUGAACGAAGUCCCCGGCAUGGUCCCUGUGCGUGUUGGGGGCGCUGCUGGUCUUCCUCAAGAGGAGGACGAAGUGUUUGAGAGUGAAGAGGAAGAAGUGGUGGAGGAAGAAGAAGAGGAGGAGGAGGAGGAGGAGGAGGACAUCUCGCCGAUACCAAGGGUUAUCAUGAAUCUACUUGGCCGGUUUUGGGGCAGACCUGCGGCGCCAGCAGAAUCAUCUUCUGACGAAGAACCCAGGGAUAAUACUGGCGUUGAUUAA